AUGUUACCUUACGCAAUUUUAUUACCAUUUUCGAUGGAUGUAUGGUACCAAUGGAUUUUAGUCUACAUGUACUCAAUUACAUCAGGUUUUUUGUGCGUUUUAUUUUACACAGCUGUUGAUAUAUUAUAUUACAUAUUAACGUCACAUGUCUGUAAUCAUUUUACACUGUUAUCGUUCGAUCUUCAAUAUUUAACUGACGGGAGUCUAUUAAGAGACAUAGUGAUAAGACACCAAUAUCUAUUAAAGUUGUCAGAAGAUUUAGAAGAUAUUUUUACGGCACCAAAUUUUUUUAACGUUCUAGUGGGUUCUUUAGAAAUAUGCGCUCUUGGUUUUACUUUGACGUUUGGAGGUGGUAUUCAAAUCCUUGGAGUUAUGUUGUUCCUGACUUCGGUUCUCUUACAAAUGUAUAUGAUGUGUUGGUUUGGUGAAACUCUUAUGAGAAAGAGCGCAAGCGUAGGUAAAAUGGCGUACUUUUGUAACUGGCACACUAUGGAUAAAUCAUCAAAGAAAACCAUUUUAUUGAUAAUAACAAGAUCCAAUAAGGAAAAAUAUUUAACGGCGUAUAAAUUCUCCAUUAUAUCUUACAAAUGCUUUACCAAGAUUAUAAGCACAUCUUGGACUUAUUUUACAAUAUUACGCACAUUAUAUACAGAGAGUGAAUGAAAUAUUCACAAGGAUGGUUAUUU